AAAAGUGACAUGGCGGUUCUCCAAUUUUCUAUUCCCGCGAUUAAAUUCGAAUACAGACUAAAUGAAGGAGAACAAGAUGACGUCGUCAACGAUAACUCGUAAUACCAGUCACAUAGUCAGAGAAUCGGUCAGGGUGGGGCUCGUUGCUCGUAGAAUCGUGCUUAUGCGUAACCCGUUCGUUCGGUUCAUUCCUUCAGUGAGAAACAGUACGUCGAACAUUGGUGAUCGUGCAUGGUGGCGCGUAUGUAUCUACGCGUAUUCCUCUAUGAAAGAGGUUGUCGCUUUCAGUGUGUUUUCUUGUUGAAAAUAUGAAAUGAUUAGUGAAUAAUUAAAAAUCGGUGUAUGUGUAAUAAAUAAAGAAAACGAAGAUGAUACAUGUCUCAAGAAUAAUCAAUGCAAUCGUAGUUAUCCUUGUUCUCAAUCGAGGUUCAAUAGCUCAAUUGAGCAUAGAUGAAAUAGAAAAAGCUACGGAGCUUCUUAUAGAUGAAGGUGAUAGUUUGGAGAUCACAUGCACCGGUUUCGAAAGAAUUUUUUUUGUCUAUCCUGAAGAUGAAUCCAAUAUCAUCACCUCGACACCCUUUAAAAAAGAAACUCUCGAAGAUGACAUAUACAAAUUCGUAUUUAAACGAAAUGAAACUAUUCAUGGAGAUACGGGAUUGUAUGGUUGUCCCGGUAAUAUUUUGCAAGUUACCUCACACCCUAAUUUUCAAACAUCUGAAAGCUUGGUAUUCGUUUAUGUUCAAUCAAACAGAAGCAUGUUUGUGCAAACAGAUAAUUUUCGUUCAUUAACUGUAGCAGUCGGUGAAACUGCUUUAAUACCUUGUAGACCAACGUCGCCUAAUUUUACAGUUGAACUCUUGCUCAGUGAUUUGGCUGUGAAUAAAACAAAUUUCCAUCCAAGGAUUGGUUUUACAUUGACAAACAUCACGCUGAAAGAUGGCGGUUAUUAUACAUGUGUCAUACAAACAGAUGUACGCCAUGAGAUAAAUUAUUACUUACUUGUGAUUCGAAAGCAUGAAUUGAACGAACCAAAAAUUGCGGAGGAUAAUUUACGUCAUGUAACAAGAGGUCAAAUUCUGCGUGUAAAUUGCACAACAAUCGUUGAAACAGAUAUGAAUUAUGUUUUAAAUUGGACUACACCGCAUGUGAAUACUAGAAUAAGGACUGUUGAUUACAGUGAAAAAACAGGUGCAAUUAAAAAAGCGAUUGUCGAAAUGAUUAUAGAGGAUGUAAGAUACGAAGAUGAAGGCUUGUAUGAAUGUGUUAUAAAAUCCUUUCAUGAUUCUAGAAAAACAAAAGUCUUCAUUAAGGUUCAUGAUCCGGAAAACAAAUUUAUCAACCUAACAGCACAGGAUGCUAUCAGACAUUAUCAACGUCAUGAAGGUAGUGAAAUACAAUGGGUUGUACAUGUGCAUGCUUAUCCAGAACCUAUUCUUAAAUGGCUAAAUACAAAAGGAGAAGAAAUCGUAGGUAAUUGGGAAACUCCAAAAAAAACGAAAUAUGCGAUAAAAACAGAGUCUACUAAUACAAUUUUAAGAAUAAACCAUUUAAAUAUCGAGGACAUGGGAGAAUAUUCUCUUCAAGCUACUAAUCAAGAUAAAUUCGAUAUGUUGAAUUUUACAUUAGAUGUAUUAGUAAAACCAGUACCAAUGUUGAAAGUAGAGCCUUAUUAUAGCCCUAAUCAAACGGUAGAAAUAUCUUGUGAUGUGGCAACAUUUCCAUCACCGAAUAUAACGUGGAGUUUUAUUAAGUACCCUUAUUAUCCUUCUUAUGAAAAUGCGACUACUAUAGAAUUAACAAACACAAAAGAAAGCGGAAUGAACACCAGAUUUCAUUCAAUCGUAAAGAUGACUAUUGAAAUGAGUGGUCAUCUUACCUGUAGCGCAUGCAACAUUAUUGGAUGCGAAUCUCAAACUGAAACCAUUUUGGUUUCUGAUGGAAGAGGUGGUUUCGGUAUAAUCGAGUUAAAGGAUUCAGUAGUCGAAGGCGACGAUUUAGAACUAAUUUGUGCUGCCUCCAUUUAUAAUUACACGAGCAAUUUCGAAUGGAAAUACGCGAACGGUGCUUUAAUUGUACAAAAUGGUAGAUUGACGAUCGAACAAACUAAGACUCGAUUUACUUAUCGUUCGAUCUUAAAGAUAAAAAAUGUAACAAAAGCAGAUUCGAUGAUUUAUACAUGUAGCAAUAAAGAAGAAAUGGAUUUCUUUCUUCAAGUUCACGAGGCAGUGAAACCUUUUAUGAAGGAAACCAAUUUAAAUGGAACGGAAAUUACGAUUGAUAUUAAUACACAUGAUUCACAUAAUUCGUUAAUACUUCAGUGUUUUGUAGGUGGAAUGCCUAAACCAAUAGUCACGUGGUAUAAAAAUAAUGAACUAAUAAAAAUUGGUGAUCAAUUCACAUGUACCCAUAGUCAACAAGAAUUGCAUAUUAAUUAUCUAAGGGAUAUUGACAGUGGAGUAUACUUAUGUAAAGGCGAGAAUCGUUUAGGAAUAAUCAAGGCACAUGGAAUUAUAAUAGUCAAAGGAAAAGAGAUUCCGAAGGAAUUAAUAAUACUGAUUGUCAUCUUAUCGAUCACAGUAGUAAUUUUGGUGGUCUAUUUUACAAUCAAGAUUCGCCGUGAAAAGAUCAUGAGAAAAGAAUUAAUGGAAGCAGGAUUAAUGCAUUUUGAAGAAGGAGCAGUGGAAUGUUUGAAUCCAGAAUUAACAGUGGAUGAUCAAGCAGAAUUACUUCCUUACGAUAAGAAAUGGGAAUUUCCAAGAGAAAAAUUAAAGUUAGGUAAAUAAUAUAAUUAUAUACCAUAUAUAUAAAAUAAGAUGUAAAUUUAAUACAUAUAUAUUAUUC